AUGGAGGGAGCGAAUUUUGCUGUAUUAGUAGAGAAGGCUAAGAUCACCGAGGAUGUGAAGUGCGCUGAGCGCCAGAAUCGUGAAAAGGAUAAAGGAAGGAACAAGAGGGUUUGGGAGCCUUCAGGUACAACUAUGGGGCCUAAGAAGAAGGCCAGAUUUGAUGGGCCAGCCAAAGUUGGGGUCCCUGUUUCUACUAUUGGCCUGCAGCCUUGUGCUAAUUAUGGAAAACGCCAUCAGGGCGAGUGCUGGAAGAGGUUAGGGGCAUGUUUAAGGUGUGGAUCUAUAGAGCACCGUAUCAGAGACUGUCCAAGAAGUCCUGAUCAGAUGAAAGCUCUAGGUAUGGGUACUGUUCAGCCGCAGAGAGGUUUUCAGCAGCCACCGAGAGGUCAGGCCAGAGGUAGAAAUGGUAUGGGCCGUGGUUGUGAAGCAUCGGGCAGAGGUGCUGGGCAUAAUGAGGAGAGGCAGUCGGCACUGGUUUAUGCUGCAUCUUGCACUGUGUCUGAGACUGUGGGUGUGAUGUUUGAAAACACUAUGAGUAAGGUUACUGUGUUAAGUCUAUUAGGGCAACCUGUGAGAGUGAAUAAACUGUUUAAGGAGGUACCUUUGGAGAUUCAAGGAAGGAUCUUUUUGGCAGAUUUAAUAGAACUCCCUUUUAGGGAGUUUGACUUGAUACUGGGUAUGGAUUGGCUAGAUAAGCAUCAGGCGAAUUUAGAUUGUGCCGCUAAGCAGUUAGUACUGAAAACUGCAGAGGGUGAUGGGAUAGUUGUGAUUGGGGAGCAUCGAAACUAUCUCUCAAAUGUCAUUUCUAAAUUUAGAGCUGAGAAGUUGGUUCGUAAGGGUUACGAGGCGUAUCUAGCCUACUUCAGUGCUUCUGGUUCUGAGGCUUCGGCUGUUAAAGAUAUCAGAAAAGUUAGGGAUUUUUUGGAUGUCUUUCCUGAUGAACUACCAGGGUUACCUCCUAACUGUGAAGUUGAGUUUGGGAUAGAGCUCUUGUCGAGUACAGCUCUGGUGUCUAUUGCCCCUUAUAGAAUGGGCAUUAUAGACGGUUUAUUGAGCUGUUUUCGUUGA